AAUAUUGAACGACUUUACAUUGAAAUAACAUGAAAACUAUUUGCCGUUGUAUUGUUGACAGUGGCAGUAACAUAAGUGUCAGGAAAUGUAGAUUAUUAUUUAAAGGAUGAAUUAAAAAUAUAUUUUUAUUUUAAAUUCUUGGCAUUCUUGUAAAUUAAUAUAGGAAAAAAAGAAAGCAGUGUUUUAUUAACACAAUUUGCACAAACUUAUCCCAUGCUAAUCAGUAUGCAUUAUUAUGAUUUCAAAAACAAUAGAUAUUUGGCACAGAAAUGGUGACAUUUCUUUAAAUGUUCACAAAAUAAAACAUGCAACAGUGUGAUGAAUUAACAUCUGACACCAAUAAAAAGUACUGAAACUAUUUUCAACCUCCAUUCCAAAGGAAUGUCAUAUUGCCUUGUGGAGGAUUCCGGUACCCAGUUACGAGAGGCAUCUAGAACAGGAACCAGUGGUGAUAUUCAAAUGCUCCUGGAUAUGGGUGCAGACGUAAACUCACAAAAUUUGAAUGGUGAGACUGCCCUGCACAUAGCAACCUGUCUCGGGAAGGCAAGCGAGGUCAUAGUGCUGUUGGCAAAUCAAGCAGACCCAGAUCUUGCCAAUCAUGUAUAUAGAAUGGCCAGACUCCUCUGCAUUUAGCUGCCAGCCAUGGCUACAACGGAGGUGGUAAAGGCUCUGUUAGAGGUAGCCUGUGAUUCUAACAUGAAAACUAAGUACACAGAGAUGACUGCUCUUCACAUGGCUUCAAGGAAUGGUCAUACAGACACAGUGAAACUCCUGCUGGACAAUGGGGCAGACACUGAACAAAAGGAUGUGAUCAACAAGAAUGCAGCAUUUUAUGCUGCAAACCAAGAGAUCCUUGAAAUGCUACAGGCUCAUGCAGGAGCAGAGCUUAAUUCAAAGUCUGAUGGAAACCAAAAUGUCCUUAACAUGCUUGAUAAAGAAAAGCCACAAGAACAGAGAAAACAACCUGGCAUUUUCGACAAAAAAGUAACUUUCAGCAAGAAACAUAAGAAAAUUAUGAAGAUGAGUGUGUUUGAUAGAUUGACUCGAAGUAAAUCACAGCUACAUGUACUGAAGUAAUCAUGAUAUAGUGAUUGAUGAACAAUAUUAUCAAAGUAUAACUUGGACAUUAUCUCGUGAAAUGAAUUGUUAAAUAUAUUUCUGAAUAAAAUAUAGGUGAAGCUGGUAAUGA